AUGGAAACUCAAGUAUGUUUUGAGCAAAAGUAUGAGGUUGGGCAAAUAUAUGUUCGGAGCACUGCUCGUGCAUAUGAGAUCUAUUAUGCAACUUCUCCUCAUAGUAUCAACGAGUAUCUGUCUACUGUUCGGUGUGGUGUUGCUGAACGAGGUGACAAAGUUCUCGAGACCUGUUGUGUUGAAGAUGUUGCCGAGGAGCAUGGGAAGUCUUUAUCAGGAGACGUAACUGCAGAAACUGCUUCAAGUGGAGGAAGUGCUGCCACUAGUGAGGAUGAUUGGGUUAAGAUAAAAGUCCCUGGGACUGGGAGCAGUCCUGCUUCAGAUAAGACUGAUACCAAUGGAUUGAACAACAUACAGGACCUAUAUGAGGCUACGGCACAGAUAAGUGAUUCAGAGCCUUGUUUGUCACUUACAAUUCGAUUAUUAUCACUUCAGGACAAAGGACAUGUAUAUGUGGAUGAAAUAUAUGUGUUUGUGGAUCCUGUGGAGUCAACUGAUUCGGGAAAUGGGGCUGCGUCGGCAGGAGGCUUGACACAAAGUUCUCUUAUGGCCAACCCUUCUGCAGUUAUCAAAAUCGGGUGUAAGCCGAGCUCAAGAAAAAUCUGAUGAAGUGCUUAAGAAUAGUAAGAUGGAAUCCGUAUCAACAAUUAUUGACAAAAUUGAUUCUCCUCCAAAGGAACAUUGUGAGGAUACUACUGAGUCAGCUGAACAUCAGCAACACACUUCUGCAAAGCGAUGUGGUGAGGCAGCAGAUGCAAAUGGUUUUCAGCCAAGCCAUCUUGAAACAGCCAUGGAACAGCUCGUCUCUCGUCUGAGUAGAGUGGAAGAUAUAUGUUUGAGGUUCGAAGAGAAAAUGUUGAAGCCAAUAGAGAGGAUAGAGGCAAGGCUUCAACAAGUUGAAAAUCAACUUGAAAAACUUGCCAAGAGUUCUCGUGAUUUUGGUUUGCCACAUUGCACAAGAAUCUCUGCCCCUGCAUUUUCAUGCAGUGAAUCAAACGCAAGCUCUUUCUACAAUGAUGAAGUUGAAAAGAAGGAUUUUGCAAGUGAUAACAUGCCUAACUUAUCCCUUGAGGCAAAUUUUAAUCCAGGCCUUAUUAUAACUGCUCCUGAAUUUUCAUAUGGUGAAGAUG